CGUCGUCGUCGUCGUCGUCGUCGUCGUCGUCGUCGUCACCAACAUCAUCGUAAACAAUUGGAUAGAAAGAAAAUCGAAGAGAAGAAACGCGCGAGGGAAGGCGGUGAGAAAUAGAGCGAGAAAAAAAGUAUCCUUUGACAGAGACGAGAUUGCCAUCACCGGCCGUGAUUGCAGUGGACUAGUGAGUGAAGAGAGGAGAGGGGGGAGAGAGAGAGAGAGAGAGACGUCGAUCGGCCGAGGAAGCGCGCGGAACCGCGCGCGCGUGUUGCGCGGGCGGGCGAGCGAGGCGAGUAAACGAGACAGCGGAGACAGCCGAUAAUCGAGACGAACGGAACGGCGGAACCGGAGGACGGCGGACGGCGGGAUUCGCGGAACGGGAGCGGCGAGUGUAGCGCGCGUCCCGCGGCGGGAUUCGGGACACUUUUCGAACGGCGGCGGACCCGCAGCGGUAGCGGCGGCGGCGCGGCCGUAAACAACGACGACGACGAGGACGACGUCGUCGCGGCCGCCGGUCGCACGGUCGCCCUCGCGGCCAACUCGAUCGCGGGCCGUCGUCGUCCGUCCCCGUCGGUGUCCCGCUCGUCCUACCUCUCGCUCAACUCCGCCACCGCCACCGCCGUCUACGCGACCCGAGAACCACCACCAGCUGACGGGCCCCGCGGGCCGUUAGACGUGGAAGGGAAAAACGGCGAGCCGCGCGUCUCCUUCCCGUGGUGUGUCAUGGGGUGUUUCGGCAGCCAGAACAAGGACAGCCAGGAUGAAAGCAAAAAUCAGAAGAGACGGUCCGAUGCCAUCACCAGGCAGCUGCAGAAGGACAAGCAGGUCUACCGUGCCACCCACAGGCUACUCCUGCUCGGAGCGGGUGAGUCCGGCAAAAGCACGAUCGUCAAACAGAUGAGGAUACUACACGUCAAUGGUUUCAGCGAAGCGGAAAAGCGGCAGAAAAUUGAAGAUAUUAAGAAGAAUAUUAGGGACGCCAUUUUAACGAUAGCCAGUGCGAUGAGUACGUUAACGCCGCCCGUUACAUUAGGAGACAUGUCAAAUCAGAGCAGAAUGGAGUAUGUCCUGGAAGUCUCGUCUUCCCCAGACUUCGAUUAUCCUCCGGAAUUCUACGAAAUCGUCGAAACACUUUGGAAAGAUCGGGGCGUUCAGCAAAGCUUCGAGAGGAGUAACGAAUAUCAACUUAUCGAUUGCGCCAAAUAUUUUCUAGAUAAAGUAGCCAUCGUAAAACAGCCAGAUUACACGCCCACGGAACAGGACAUCCUCAGGUGUCGAGUCCUCACGUCUGGCAUUUUUGAGACGCGGUUUCAGGUCGACAAAGUAAACUUUCAUAUGUUCGACGUCGGCGGCCAACGUGACGAAAGAAGAAAAUGGAUACAGUGUUUCAACGAUGUUACGGCGAUUAUAUUUGUCACGGCGUGUAGUAGUUACAACAUGGUACUCAGGGAAGACCCUACAAAAUUGAGACUUAGGGAAAGUCUCGAUCUCUUUAAAAGUAUCUGGAACAAUCGGUGGCUCCGCACAAUCUCGGUGAUCCUGUUCCUAAACAAGCAAGAUCUAUUAGCAGAAAAGGUCAAAGCAGGCAAGCACAAAUUGGAAGAUUACUUUCCGGAAUUCUCGCGCUACCAAACACCAGUUGAGCCCGGAAUAACGGAUUCCGCGGAAAUACCUGACGUCAUAAGGGCCAAGUACUUUAUAAGGGACGAGUUUCUCCGCAUAAGUACAGCGAGCGGUGACGGCAAGCACUAUUGUUAUCCACACUUCACGUGCGCUGUCGACACGGAGAACAUCAAGAGAGUGUUCAACGAUUGCCGGGACAUUAUCCAGCGGAUGCAUCUGCGCCAGUACGAGCUCUUGUGACUUCGUUCCUGCCGACGUCUUCUGUCAUUAUUCGUUAGCCUGACAGUCACGCUCGUGUUGCACCUUGAGUCGCUGCUGCAGCCACUGCGAACUGAAUGAGCGAAAGCGAGCUGUGCCAUGAACCAUGGCCUCGCGAGGAGGACUCGUUCGAGUUCCAUACACCUGGGUAUACUCAGGUAACGCGUAGGGCUUCCUCGCCAGUCCAAAACCGAAAAAAAAAACGUAUAUUAUCCGAAGGACGAUCGCGCGUUCAUCGAGUGCGCGCCAGCGGACCUUGAAAGUGAUUCUACUCCUCGUCGAUGAGAGUCGGUAUACAGCGAUACACAUUACACACCGCUGCGAACAACUCUUCGCUGCGUGAGAUCUGUCUGAAGCGAGUUCCUUCUCACGCGGAAUAAAUUUCUCGCCAAACCGUGAGCAAGGCACGACGCGAGAUGUCCACGAGAGGUCGACAUGUCGACCCCACACCGUGUCCUAGUACCGUGAGUCGUAGUUGAGCGAAAACGAACGAGCGGCCCCUUUACACUCACACACACGCACACACACAUACAAAUAUACAUACACACACACGCAAACGCACACAAACGGGCGUAUUUAUUUUCGAUCACUCGACUUUCUUUUCAGUUAGAGAGAAAGAGAGUGCUGAACACUCGUCGUCGUAUCCGGAUGAUGGCGGGAACGAAACUCUCAUGCGCCGUUCGAAUCCCUAUUAACUUGGACCUUCCACUGUCGUAAAUUGAGUUGGGACAUGGUAAAAGGUUGAGUGCUAUUUUGUGCUAAUUGGUUUGCACUAGAGCAAAUUUUGUUGCUCCAACUAUUUAGCAGAAAAAAAUAAAAUGAAGGGGUUAAUGGUAAACAAGAUCCCCCUUCCAUAAUCAAAAAUUAUAUAGAGAAGUGCGAUACCAAAAAAAAACAAG